GCGCGAUCGCUUGCGAGUCAUCUAUACUGAAAUAUCGCGCGUCUUUCACUUUUCUCGUCAGUAUAUACAUACAAUACAUAGCGAGUGAAAAAUGCGUCUUCAUUACUAAAGCAAAUCCAUGGACGACUUCUUUCCUUUAUUUGCGAGCUCUGAUGAUGAUGAAAAUGAUUGGGGAUCCAAGCCUCGGGUGCUACACUGGGAACUUCCACAGCUCCCACGCUGGCCUCAAAGCAAUGGGGUAGUCCCAAACCAGACUAGUGCAAGCACGGCCCAAGCAUCUCAUUCUCGAACCAUUUCCAACCCGUCUCUUUCGAAAAGAAACUCAUCGAGUUUAUUGGAAUCUGAAAGAGCUGUGAAAAAGAAUAAGGAUAAGGCGUAUCGGGAAAGAUGUAAGAAUCAGAAGGUGGAAAUGCAAUUUCAUUUGGAGAUGCUCACCAGAGAAAAUGAAUCUUUAAAGAAAGAGAAUGUAUCCUUAAAAAAGAACGAUGGUUUAAUGAAUGAAACUUUGACAGAUCAAACAAAAGAGAUUGAUCGCUUGAGGAGUGAUCUUUUCCAGUUGAAGCACAAGAAUGAAAAGCAAAAUAUUCUCGUGCAAACACUUUCUGAGCUUUUAGUUUUUAACAUAUGGUUGUUUUUAUUGGAGGCUGAUCCGGUGCGGCUUGAAAACGAGAAGCUAAAAGAUGAAAAUGCUGCAUUGAGGAAGAAUGUCGAUCUUAACAGUAAUCUAACACAGCUCGUGGAGGAAAAUGCAAAACUAAGAAAUGAAAAUAAGGUACUCAUGGUGCAGAAUGAUGCUUUAUGUGGGAAGAUUAUCAGUGACAAUGAGAAGAAGCAAGAGCAGAUAACCCUAAGCUAAAAUACUAAUUCAAUAUUUGUUUCUUAGUACAUCUCACUUCUUUGUCACCCUUUCUGCUUAUCUUAGUGCCAUAUGUUUAGCUUUCUUGUCCUUGUUCUUGAUCUAUCUUCUUUUCGUAAUUUCGGGUUAGAUCUUCUAUCAGUAUUCUCCUUGAUCUCCUUUCUCUUGCCCUUUUCACACUUUGAUUUUCAGCCAUGUAUGUUCUCUUACUAUCUCCCCUACCUUCCUCACUCGUCUGCACAGUUGUCUGGUAUUCCUUCAGCAUUAAAUUCUAAUAUUUAUUAUCAUGUUAUAGGUUGGUUCAGGGAUAGACCGGAGGGGAUUGGUAGGGAUGAUUGCCUUCAUGAAAAUUCUAAAUUCUCAUAUAUUUCAAAUAUUUUCUUUGUAUUUUU